GUAUGAUACCAUGUAGACGAACUUCACAAUUCUCUCAUCACUCUCUCUCUCACCUAUCUCUGUCCAAACAUAUCUCCGAUCAAAAUUCACCAUGAAUUCAACCCCAAUAUCAUCAUCAGCAAAUCUCUGCGACGAUGUUUGGCCACCGGGGUUUCGAUUUCAUCCUACAGAUGAAGAAUUGGUUCUUUAUUAUCUCAAACGAAAGAUCUGUCGUCGAAAGUUGAAGCUUGAUAUUAUUGCUGAAGUUGAUGUUUACACUCGGGAACCUGACGAAUUACCUGAGUUGGCAUCGUUGAAGAAUAGGGACAGACAGUGGUUCUUUUUUAGCCCCCGGGACAGGAAGUAUCCAAAUGGUUCAAGGGCAAACAGAGCCACUAGGCAAGGCUAUUGGAAGGCAACAGGAAAGGAUCGUAUAAUUUCCUGCAAUUCACGUAAUGUUGGGAUUAAGAAAACUUUGGUUUUCUAUAGGGGACGUGCACCCACUGGUCAGCGAACUGAUUGGGUGAUGCAUGAGUACGUAUUGGAGGAAGAUGAGCUUAAGAGGUGUCAAAACGUCCAUGAUUAUUAUGUGAUUUACAAAUUGUUUAAGAAGAGUGGAUCUGGUCCUAAGAAUGGAGAGCAGUAUGGAGCCCCAUUUAGGGAGGAGGAUUGGGCUGAUGAUGAAUUUGUGAAAACCACUAGUAAGUUUGACAUAGUGCCUGGUGAUCACAAUGUGGACGAAGUUCCUCAUGCAGAUAGCUGUAGAAAUGCGCAGGUAGAUCCCUCAUUGGUUGAUGUUGAGGAGCUUUUGAACGACAUAGUUGAUGAUCAGGCACCGUUGCCAGUAAAUCUUGAUGACUUUGAACAUGCACUAACUCAGUUUCUCGGAGAAAAAGAGACUCAUAGCACUGUUGUUAAUGGAUCGAUUGAGGAUCCGGUAUAUUUUGAGCCUUUAAUGACGUAUUAUCCAGGCUCUCAACAAGAUAAUUUGGAUUCAAGCUUUAUUGCUGAGCAGUCAUGGGAUGCAACUGAGGCAGCAUCUACUGCACAUUCUGAAUUCACUGGGUAUCCAGAGCUCUUAGAUCUUCAGUUUCCCGAGGAAGAUUUUCUUGAGAUGGAUGAUCUUCUUGGCACAAGGCCUGUGCAGUUUCCGCCAGCAAGUGACAGGAUCUCUGGGAAUGCCCAGCUGAGAGACGAUGAUGGGUUUGAUUUGUUUAAUGACUCUGACCUCUUCCUUGGUUUUAAAUCUAAUAACGAAACAGUAAAUCCAGCUCAGCAUCAAAGGCCGCCAGAAAAUGGUUUUGUUUGCCAAUCCCCAAAUUCUGUCCCUACUUCUGGGAAUGAGAUGUGGAACUUCGGAGCAAAUAAUUGUAUUCACAACUCCACAGAGGGAUACAGAGGAACUAUGCCUUUACCAGCGACAGGGGCUGUGUAUGCUGGUGGUUCUACAAGUAUCGCCUCACAACCAUACCAGGAUCAGAACAGCAAACAGAAUGAAGGGUCUCAAACAUGGUUGUCUUCCACAUUAUGGUCGUUUGUGGAAGCGAUGCCUGCUUCCCCCGCAUCAGCCGCUGAGAGCGUGAUGGUUAACAAGGCGUUCCUGAGGAUGUCUAGUUUCAGUAGGGUAAGAAUUAAUUCUAAAAGCACUAUCACUUCUUCAGCUGGUAGAGCUCCCGAUAUCGUAAGUGCAAGUGUAGGAGGCAGGGUAAAGGGGUUUUUCUUAUUGUCAUUUCUGGCAGCCUUGUUUGCUGUAGUAUGUGUGUUUAUUGGUUCACAUUCUAGUGUAUUUGGAAAAUUGCGUUGUCGUAUGGAUUUGUAACAUUAAGUUGUUUAUCCAUUUACUGAAUGGAUAGAGAAGUGCAGGUGAGUAAAUAAUGCCCUGCUCCUGUUUAUUGACAUGAAUUGUCUAUGUUUCUCUAGUGUUAAUAGAGUUUUAGUAUUUAACUCCUCUUCAUUUGUGUAUGUUGUUUUCGUUA